AUGGUCUUCGAGUCGCUCAUUGUGGACUUAAUUAAUAAAUAUGCAGGCGAUUAUAUUGAAGCCUUAAAUGCUUCUCAGUUGAAAAUUGGGCUGUUAGGUGGAAAUGCGCAACUGGAAAACCUAGAUAUUAAGCCAAACGCGUUCGAUAGUCUCAACCUUCCGGUCAAGGUUCUUCAGGGCCACAUAAGUGGGUUGUGUUGUUUCGCUCUAUUAGUAGGCUCACUUACACUGAAAAUUCCCUUCAAAAACUUGUACACGGAACCCACUGUUGCGGAACUUGAUGGUCUCUAUGUGCUGGUUGUUCCGAAUUCCGGUAGGAUUUUUCAUGUGACCCGACCGCUAACCUGCACAAUAGCUGUAAAAUAUGAUGAAGAAAAAGAAAAGAUCUACCGAAGAGAUUCCAAGAUGAAGGAACUGCGUGAUAUCGAGGAGGCCAGAGCACAAAGUGGAAGAGCUGGUACAUGUUGCAUUUCCUGUAUGCUAGUCGUCAUUAGGUCGGAAGGUUCAAGCGAAGCCUGA